AUGCACUUCUCCAACUCUAUGCUGCUGAUGACGGCGCUGACCGCUGGGUCGGCUGUCGCUCGUCUUCACGGCCACGACCGCCGUCACGCUCACCCCAAGCUCGACAUUGAACUUGUCGACAUCGAGGCUGAGGCCCCUGCUGUCACUGGUGCCCCCAAGGUUGAGGAGCGUGGUGUUGGUGCUGAGGUCUUCGCUACCAUCGACGGUCAACUCGUCUCCUGGAUCAACGAGUGGUCUGGCGCCCAGUCCUCCGAGUCUUCCGCUGAGGCCACCACUACUCCCGCUGCCAUCGCCUCUCCCACCAUCGAGGCCACCGUCGAGGCCACCUCCGAGGCCGCCUCCACCGUCAGCCCCACCCCCGUUGCCUCUAGCUCUGCCUCCUCCGGCUCCAGCAACUGGGCCAGCUACCCCUCCAACGGCGAGUACUCUACUUCUGGAUUCGGUGCCUCCACCGCCAGCAAGCGUGUCGGCAGCCUCGACUGGGACUACAUCGGCAACGUCGGUUCCCCAUGGGGUAGCAACAUGAUCCGUGUUGAGGAGUCCGCCGCCAGCGAGUACAAGCACGUCAUCCGCUUCGAAAACGACAACUCCAAGGCGUGGACCGUCGUCAUGUGGAACUCGUACGGACCCAGCGGUGGCCUGAACGGUUUCUGGUCCCCCAACUCUGCUCUCAGCUUCACCGUCGAGCCCGGUCACAGCAUCUUCGUCGCCAUCGAUGACGACUCCCAGGGUGGAUGGGGUGCCUCCGAGGGCGAGGGUCUGCCCACCAACUACGUCGGCGAGUACGCCUCCACCUGGGGUGAGUUCGACAUGUCCAACUCCCAGAACGACGGCUACUCCGGCUGGGACGUUUCCUGCAUCAUCGCCGAGCUCGCCAACAUGGAAAUUGCCGGUAUGCAGAUUUGCAACCACGAGGGUGAGAAGUGCUCUUCCAUCACCAAGGGUGCCGGUGCCACCGUCAACGCCUACACCUCUGCCGACCAGGGUAAGCCCGACAAGGCUGUUGCCCAGUCCGCCGGCCCCGUCCGUCUCGUUGUCAACCUCGGCUGGAGCUCUUAA